GUCCAAAAAAACUUAAAAAGACUUUUUUACCCUUUUAAUUUUUUUUUAGUAUCAAAUAUACUUAUUUUAUAAUUAAAGAAAAGAUAUGCACACCUCUCUCACACACACUCUCUCUCUCUCUCUCUCCCCCCCCCCCUCUCUCUCCAGAUCUAUAAUCCAUUCCAAAUCGAAAAGGGGUACGUGCUUGGUAAUCCUCUAAUAGACACAAGUUGUGACAAUAAUUCAAGAAUACCAUUGCUCAUCGAAAUCUGUGGUGGUGAUGUGUGUUCAGAAAAGAAGAGAGAGAAAUGGGUAGAGAAAACGAACAUCGUUGGAGAUACUACGUCGUAAUCGGAGGUGACUGACGGCAAUGGAGAUAGCAGUCGACAACCGACAGUGGCAGUCGGCUUUGGAGUUAUAUUGGCGGUGGAGAGCAGUGACAUCACCGGUGAUGUUGCAACUCGUCGCCGGAGAGACGCAAUUGGAGAUGGUUACAGAAUAUAUGUCGUUUGGGAAAGGGAAGUUGAACAAAAGGGGCAACCAUUUAGCGGCGACAAAGAAGCUAUUAGCGGCGACAUUCCUAGGGAACUCAACACGCCCUUUCUGGAUAUUAUCGAUUGUUGGAUCGGGUGAGAUUCGUAGGGCCAAGAUGUCGUCCCAUGUGAGUCAACGAAUCGAUACCAAUAACGACGACAUAUCGCCGCUAAAGGCGUUGUCACUAUUGCUUUCCGCAGGAAAAAACCCUAUCCGUUGGAUCAUGUUUCGAACCAAGGGAAGGGUCAGGAUUGAAAGUGGUGUGUCUCCGACGGAUCUCCGGGGCACACAUUAAGCAACGACGCUAUUAGUGACGACAUUGGUGUUUUCGUUGUGACACCAAAUGUGCCUUGCCUGGUGUCGUUGCUAAAGGUCUUGUCGUCGCAAAAAGCAACCACCCUAAUACUCCCCAUUCUUGUUGUGGCUAAUAUGAUAGAGAACAAAAAUAUUGUUGAUAUUUAAUUUGGUCUUUUAACUAUCAUAAUAUACAAAAGAUAAAAGUGAAAUAGAUAUGUAUUUUAAUUAAAUAAGUACAAUAUGAUCUAUUUAUAAAAUUUUAGAAGAUUUAUUGAAA